CAGUCACAGUUUGAGGCAGCGUCAGAAUGUCAAUUUUACAUUUUACAUUUCUAUUUUUCUGAAAAAAUAGCUUACCACUUUUCGGUUUACUACAAAUUUCUGCGCUUGUCACCUCUCUGACCAAGCAAAGCAAAUCGAUAUAUCGGGGCCUCAUCAACCUCCCUCCUCACUCAACAGUUCAACUCUGUUUUGUUAUCAAGUUUUCGUGUUUGCUUUCAAAUACGACAGGCAUAUCCUUUCAUUGGAUUGUAUAGAGCAAGAUGUUUAUCCCCAAAGAGAACCGUAUCGCUGUUUUCAGCUACCUUUUCAAGGAGGGAGUCUGUGUUGUCAAGAAAGACACCAAGUCUGCCACACAUCCUCAGAUUGAGGGACCCACCAACUUGGAGGUCCUCGCGUUGAUGAAGUCUCUGGAAUCCCGAGAAUUCGUUCGUAUUACCUUCAGCUGGCAAUACAACUACUGUUACUUGACAGAUGCCGGUAUUGCCUACUUGAGGACCUAUUUGGGUCUCCCUGACGAAAUUGUCCCUGCAACACACAAGAAGUCUGCUGCUCGCCCCGAGGGACGGGAUCGCGAGGAAGACAAGUUUGGUGGCGGACGUCCUGCCUUCCGUGGUGGCGGCGGCGGCGGUGACCGGGAAUACCGCGGUCGACGCGAAGGCGGAGGAGGGGGUGGAUUCGGACGUGGUGGCGGUAUCUAAAAUGCCGUCUCUCGCACCUCCGUCUUCCUGUACCGAUGAUGUUGGAAUGCUUUUUUAGAUUUGAUGGCAUUGGCUUGCCUUUAGCUAGCUAAAGCUUGUAUUUAAUUGUCACGCCAAUCUAGAAACCAAUUAUUCUGU